CAGCGUAACCGACGAGAGGGACAACAGUACACACUACGACGGCUCAGGGUCAUGAGCUGACCCGGCCGCGCGCCACAGCCAUAGCAGCCGUCGCACGCAACAGCGAAUUCCGUCGACCACCGCCGCCGCUGUCGCUGCUGCUACUGUUGUCGUCCAGUCGUCACUAUUCGGUUAACUUCACCGCCAUUGAACCCGGACCACGUGCAAAAACCGUAUAAUAAUAAUUCAGUCGUACAUAGUGGUUAUGUUGAGUCCGAAGAUGCAAAGAUGUGUUCGGGUGGUAGACAAUCAGCUACUGAUGUUGUCGGACCGCGCCCGAACUGAUAGCACACUCACCGGCAAUUUACAUAAAAAAGCUUCGGAUAGCGGGAGGUGGAAAAACAGAUAUUUCGUUCUCUAUCAAAAUAUACUAUUCUACUACGAUUAUGCGAGUUGUAAUAAACCAUCCGGUGUUAUACUAUUGGAAGGCAGUUAUUGCUCAAAAUUAGAUUUUUCUAGCGGUACGUCAAAAGUCACUGGAAAGAUUCAUCCGGAAAAUGAGCACUGUUUCGUUAUUUCUUACAAUCAUCCACAAAUGCGACAAUACGAGUUUCGUGCAUCCACAGAAACGUCUUGUAAGACUUGGGUGAACGCAUUGAAACAAGCCAGUUUCAAUAAGUUGCUGUUACAAAAAGAAGAACUUGAACAGCGGCAUUUGCAUUUGCUGCAAGUAGUCGAGAGUGAAAUGACUGCGAAAUGGCAGUACACACAACAGUGUGAGGAGUUGGCAACCGAAAUAAAAAAACUCCGAGCAGAAGUGUUAACAUUAAAGAAGGAACUGCGCCCGUUGACGUCAUAUGGCGGGUCCACCACUGGCUCAUUCGACGGUGGUACUGGUUCAUACUCGCGAAGACAAUCCAAGGACAGUUUCAUAUUUUCGGACCCUGCUACUUUCAAUGUCCAAGACUCAAUCGAAAUGCGCAAAAUCAAAAAGGUGCAAAGUUUCUUCAGGGGUUGGCUUUGUAGGAGACGGUGGAAACAAAUCGUGGAACAGUACAUAAAAAGUCCUCAUGCGGAAAGCAUGCGAAAAAGAAACAGUCUAGUCUUUCGUAUGGUCGAAGCUGAGGAAGAAUACGUGAGCCAGUUGGAAGUUUUAGUCACGUGUUUCCUACGGCCGUUACGGAUGGCAGCCAGCUCAAAAAAGCCACCGUGCACUCACGAAGACAUAAGUUCGAUAUUCUUAAACAGCGAGACUGUAUUGUUCUUACAUCAGAUAUUUUACAAAGGACUGACAACUAGAAUGGAAAAUUGGCCCACUUUAAUUCUAAGUGAUCUUUUCGAUAUAUUAUUGCCUAUGUUGACAAUCUAUCAAGAAUACGUUAGAAAUCAUCAUUACAGUCUACAAGUGUUGACUGAAUGUAAACAAAAUCCCGCGUUUGUUAACCUUCUGGAGCGAUUAGAAAAUAAACCAGCCUGUCAUGCACGUUCAUUAGAAAACUUCCUAAUAGUGCCGAUGCAUCAGAUACCAAGGUACAUCAUAACUCUCCAUGAGAUAUUAGCUCAUACUCCACAUGAUCAUGUCGAAAGAAAAAGUUUACAAACAGCAUGCCAAAAACUAGAAGACCUGAGCAGACAAAUCCAUGACGAAGUCAGCGAAACUGAGAAUUUACGGAAAAACCUUUCCAUUGAACGAAUGAUCAUCGAAGGCUGUGAUAUUUUACUAGAUGUCAAUCAAAUAUUUGUUAGACAGGGUACCUUGGUACAAAUGCCAAUAGCUAGAAAAAAGAGCAGAAUACCCCAUUUCAAAUCUGAAAAGGAAGCGAUCAGGCAAUGUUUCUUGUUUACCAAUCAUAUGAUAAUUACGACCAGGACUACUAGUGGGAAAUUGCAUUUAGCACCUGAAGUCGGAAAAAUAUCUUUGGCAGAUUGUCGUCUUAUUGAGGAUCCUAAUGAUAAAGAUGACGACAAUAAUCCGGGAGAUAUGGAAAUUCAAGAUGGCAAUAAUGAAGCCGAUGAUUCAGCGGGUACCAGUCAUUCGAGCGAUGUUGAAAACAGCGAUUGCGAAGGUUUAAAAUAUUUUUCUAGUCCAAGUCCAAGUCCUAGUCCAAAACCACAAAAUUAUGAUUUUCAACUUUGCGUUGACUGCAAAUCAUCUUCAGCCCUAACGGUUCAUUUAUACGCACCCUCUUUACAAGAAAAAACUGCAUGGGUCAGCGAUAUUAGUCAAUGUAUUGAAAAUUUGAGAUUUGACGCAAUGCUUCGAAAUUCUAUGUCGGAUACAUCUUCUGUAACGAUGCCGCAUUCAAUGCGCAAUGAUCCAAAACUUUUUAAAGAUGACAAAGACAUAAAAUUCAGUAAAUACUACAAUUCUUGCAGGAUUCCUCGUAUUCAUCAUGCGACAAAAGAAAAACUAAUAUCUAGAUUGGUCGAUUUAAGAUUUUUAUCAAUAGAUUUUCUCAACACGUUUCUUCUUACAUAUAGAGUUUUUACGGAUGGAGUUACUAUUUUAGAAGCUUUAAAAAAGGUGUUCUAUAAUAAUGAAGUAGAUGCAUAUGAAACUAUAGGCCAACCUGUCAAUAAUACAUCAUUAGAUCGAAGUGAAUUACAAGAUAAUCACCAUCUCAACCCCGGAGACAGAGAACGGAGAAGAUCCAGCGUUGUUUCGUCACCUCGAAGAACUAGUGCCGCCAGUUCUGUAUCUGGUUAUGGAUCAGAAAUUAGUGACCGAGAUAGAAGUUCCAGUGUCGAUUAUCAACAUUGUCAAAGAUCUGGACGAAAAUACAGUUUUCGAAAACUGGAAGAAGAGGAAAGAAAAAAUAAAAUAAAAGUAACCGAAGAGUAUAAUUCAACAACAAGUUUAUGUCAACAAUCCUCACCGAGACGAAAAGUCAGUAUUAGAAUUGAAGAUACUGGUGACAAUUGUCAUUUAGCUCCUCCUACAAUGGUUAAGGCAACUUCGUCUUCAAGCAAUGAAACUCUGACUGGAGAUAAUCAACCCACAGUAGUUGCGACAUCUCCAUGUAGUAAUAAUAGUAGUUCAACCUUAGUAGCAGAAAAUUCUAAUAGUGAUAAACAUCCUAGUGACAGUAAAAAUAAUACUUCAUCCAAAGCAUCUUCGCCUGAACGCAAAACACAAUCUCCUUCAAAGCUACACGGUUUUCCUAUCCACCAUGGACAUGCGAUUAAAAUCGGGUCAAUAAUAUCAGAUGCUGCGAAAGAACUCGUAGAAAAAUUCCACUCAGAAAAACAUUUUUAUACGCCUCAGCCACGCAGAAGAAGUUGGUUCAAUCAUGAAAGUACUCCAGUAAUAAGAAAAAAGAGUUUUGGGAUUUGUGAGGAUGACGUCGGUGCCAGUGACGACAAUGGGUGGUUGAGUAAUAUACACAGUGCGUCGUCAUCGAGAUCGGCUUCGCUGGCUAACUCUAGCAUUGCACAGUAUUUCUCUAGAAGAAAAUCAUUUGCGUGUACCGGCGAUGCUGAUGGCUGUUACAGUGGAAGCAUAUCACAAAGAACUAGCAUGCAACAUGACAGUCCACCGCUGUCUAGUAGAGCAGGGGUCGUCAUAACGUCAUCGAGACAAUCUAAAAGAAGAACUGGAAGGCCGGAAUUUUGGAGCAGCACGUCUACGGCAGCUGCAGCAUUUGCCAUUGCUACAUCAGCUUCGAGUAAUCCUCGAGAACUUUCUCCUUUACACGAUCAAAGAUGCUGCUCUGUGGAACGAAAAAGAAAAGAAUCUGUUAUGUCUACAGCGGCUACAAUGCGAGUUUUAAAUGUUUUAAAACAUUGGAUAUCAAAACACCCACAAGAUUUUGAAAAUGAACCGCGACUAAAGAAUAUGACCAUAGACUUUUUGGAAGAUAUACUUUUUAGUCCUAAUCUGUUACCAGCAGAACAUAAAAUAGCUGGUCAGUUACUUAGAUUACUCACAAUGGACGAAACAAAAAAGGUCAACGUUGACCUAAAUUCAUUACUGAUUCCAUCUCAGAUUCCUAGUGCUGAAAAUAUUGAUACGCUAUCUGCAUUAGAAAUUGCCGAACAGAUGACUUAUAUAGACCAUCAAAUAUUUAUCAGAAUUCAAAGCCAAGAAUUUUUCGGUCGUGCUUGGAUGAAAGAUGAUAAAAAUAUAAAAGCACCCCACAUUAUCUUAAUGACUAAAAGAUUCAACGAAUUGUCACAACUGGUCGCAUCAGAAAUCAUGCGUAAGAAUAAUGUAGCUGCUAGAGUUAUUACAAUAGAAAAGUGGGCCGCAGUAGCUGACAUUUCCAGAUGUUUGCAUAACUUUAACGGAGUUCUACAAAUCUGUUCAGCGUUCACCAAUAGCUCAGUGUUCAGAUUGAAGAAAACAUGGGAAAAAGUUUCAAAAGCCACCAAACAAUCGGUGCAGAAGCUUCAGAUAAUUGUUUCAUCAGAUGGAAGGUUCAGAAACCUUCGCGAAGCUCUUCACAGAUGUGAUCCGCCAUGUAUUCCAUAUUUAGGAAUGUAUUUAAGUGAUUUAUCGUUUUUAGAGGAAGGAACACCCAGUUUAGCAGAUGAUGGCUUGCUUAAUUUUUCCAAACUACGUAUGAUUGCGCACGUGGUGCAAGAGAUACGUCGGUUUCAGCAGACACCGUACAAAAUUGACUUCCAACCCAGGGUUGCAAGCUAUUUAUUGGACACUUCAUUUUUGAUGAACGAAGACGAGCUGUACACCCGAUCGUUGGAGAUUGAACCACGACCGUCCAGGCUGAGUAUCACGACGUUGUCGAAUUCACCGCAUCACAGUGGAAGCCAAUGACGGCGGUUCAGCACCAAGAGGAAUCAGACAACGUGCUUUAAAUGAACAUACAACGCAAAUGUAACCGUGAUGGGAGAUAGUAAUUGUAGUGGUGGUCGGUGAAGGCGAUCAUCGUAUCGUUCGCAUUAGUCGUCUUCGUUGUCAUAAACGUCAUCGUUCUCAUCGGCGUGGGGUUAGAUUUAACUGUUAUAUUAUUACUACGUAGUGUAACGAGUAUUAGACCGAUCGGACGGAUGACUUGUCAAAGGAUUCGAUGAUGAGAGGGUCCAUUCUCUUCUUCGUUUCUCAAGAUAUCCUAUACCAUCUGGCCACUCCACUCCGUUGGCGUGUAAUAUAAUAUUGUUUUAUCACCACCGCCACCACUACCACCAAACUUUUCUCGCCAUCAACAUCAUCCUAGAGUGUACUUCGGUCGACUAAGUCUCCUCCGGGCAAAGUCCGUACCAAUAUUCUACCAGGAGGGCUGUUUUAGUGCUGAUAAGUACCUGUAAACAUUUCUACUUGAUCUUGCUGUUAUUACUGUGCCACUGCUCUUAGCUUUAUUUUUUCGAUAACCGCUUUAUAGUAUAUUUAUGUCGCACUUGUAUAGUGCAACUGUACUUUUCAUGAAAUUUGACCUUAUCGCAUUAAUGGCGUUUUGGGAUUCUACCAGUUGUCACGUACUGCACCCGUUGUAUAAAAUCAUAAGUUUGUAAAUCAUUUUGAAUUCAAAUCAUUACGUGAAUCUUCUGAUGACAUUAAUGUCGUAGAGAACUCAUUAUUAUCGAAUAUUUUUUAAAUGUUUUUAACUAAUAUUAAUUAAAUAGGAUCUAAAUUAAAUUAAAUGGUGGUUAGUAUUGUUACUACAUACUGUUUAAUAAUCAAAUUGAAAGUUUGUUGUUGAAAGUACCACAUUUUAGAUGGAUUGAAUUUCAAGUGAUAUGUAAAUUAUAUCGUAC